AUGGGUAGAGCUUCGUUUGAGUACGACGAAGUAGGAAACACUUUCUACUACGUUCUGGUGUCAUUUUAUGCGAUUAUUUUACUUCCUGCUACAUAUUUCUGUCUGCGAAAAGGAGCAACAGUUGAAAAAUGCGAUGCAGUGAAUGAAAAUGUAUGCCAAUGUGAUGGAUGCGUUCAAAAACGUAAACGAAAAGCAAAAAAGACACCAUGGAGCAAAACAAAAGAAUCGAUCAAAUUUUUGGGAUUAAUUAUUGCGUGGGCAAUUUUCGCAUUGAUUGUGAAGAAAACCAUGGAGAUUGAGCCAACGCACAAAGAUUACGAUCCCUACCAGAUUUUGGGCCUCGAUCAAGGCGCCGAGUCGUCGGCCGUGAAAAAAGCCUAUCGCGAUCUUUCAAAAGUUCAUCACCCCGAUCGCGGUGGUGAUCCGAUUUUUUUCGACAAAAUUGCCAAAGCCUAUCAAGCAUUGACCGAUAAAGAAGCGCGCGAGAAUUGGGAAAAAUAUGGAAAUCCCGAUGGUCCGCAGGCGACCACGUUCGGAAUCGCACUUCCCAAAUGGCUAGUCAGCAAAGAAUACGGAUUGUGGGUUCUUGCAUUUUACGCCCUUAUAUUCAUGGUGUUGAUGCCUGUCAUUGUGGGAAUUUGGUGGUACAAUUCAAUUAAGUAUAGCGUCGACAAAGUUUUAUUGGACACAACUCGCCUUUAUUAUUAUUUUGUUCACAAAACGCCAAGAAUGGAAAUUGGAAGAAUGAUUGCUGUGCUGUCAGGUUCAUUCGAAUUCAGCAAACAAUACAACAAAGAGAUCAAGGAACGCGAAAGUGACGAUAUUGAGCUUCCAAGGCUCAUGAAAUCAUUGCCAGGAGUGAAUGAUAAGGGACGCGAACAACCUCUUAGCAUGCCAUAUGCAUUGAAGACUCGUAUUCUUAUGCACGCUUAUUUGAAUCGUCUACCCUUGGAAUCGGAAGCGAAUCAGCUUGAUGAAGAUCAAAGAUAUAUUGUUUCGCGCACACUUCGUCUCAUCGAAGAGCUCAUUCAAUGCUCGCACAAUCUUCUUGGCUAUUCGCACGCGAAAAUUCCGGUGGAGACGUUUGAGAAUUUCAUGAAACUUCAAGCAAUGUUUGUGCAAGGUCUCUGUCAAAAGAACAGCCCAUUGAUGCAGCUGCCGCACAUCACUGAUUACAAUCUUCAGCAUUUGAGAAAACAAAAAAUUAAUUCGUGUCACGAUCUCGCCAAAAUGGACCAUGAAAAGCGGCGAUCCGUAUUAAGAUCGUUGUCAGAUUUUGAAUAUCGUAAUGUGAUGAUUGUUCUUUCGAUGAUGCCGCGUCUUCAAAUCGAAACCAAAACUGUCGUCGAAGGUGAAGACGAUCAGCACGAGUUGACUGCCGGAUGCGUUGUUACUCUCAAAAUUACAUUGAAACGAUCUCGUCUCAUCGAUCCACAAUUAGAUGAAUUGGAUCAGCAUACGGCUUAUGUUGCCAAUGACAGUGAGGAAGGUGAUGAGGAGAAUGAAGCGAAGGAAAAUGAGGAGAAGGAAAUCAAGAAGGCCAACAAGCCGUGGAUGAAGAACAAACAAAAGAUGAAGAAGGGUGGUGGCAAAAAGAAAACGAAAAAGCCGAUAGUGAAAAAAUCACCUGCGGCUCCUGAAGUGGCGCCAUCGACGCCGUCCACCGAAGCGAAGGUCGACGAAAAAAAGAAUGGCGCCGAUGAUGAUGAGUCGGCAUCGGAGGAGACGUCGGAUGCCGAAUCGCAAUCGGACUCCGAGAAAGAGAAGAACAAUGAUUCGGACUCGGAUUGGGAGGCGGACGUGCCGGUGAAAAAGAAUUUGUUUGAAACGAAAUCGGUGGAAACGCAUGAAGUGCAUGCGCCGUACUAUCCGGAUGAUAAAUAUGAGUGGUGGUGGCUUGUGCUGACACACUAUGAUCGGCGUGAGAAGCAGCGUCAAAUGGUCACUUGGGCGCAAUUGGUGAAGACGUUGGUUGAUGAGCAAACGAUAGAUAUUCGUUUCCCGGCACCGAAAGAAAAGGGAAUUUACACGUAUAAUCUUUCGGUUCGUUCAGACUCCUACAUUGAUGCUGAAUACAGUGUGGAUGUGAAGCUUGAUAUCAAGGAAUCGAAAAUUGUUGAGGUAAAAUAUGACCAAUUCGAUGAUGAGGAUGAGGAAGAAGCAGUUGCCAGCAGUGAGGAUGAGUAUACCGAAGAUUCGGAUUCGGAUAAUGAGUGA